CAAAAUGAUGGCUAUCGAACCUUAUCCUUGUCCGGGCAUGUUGGUUUUGGUAGUUUACCUGAUCAACUGGUUAAAAAAUCCAUCAAGCAGGGCUUCUGCUUCAAUAUUCUUUGCAUUGGGGAAACUGGAAGUGGGAAAUCAACCUUGAUAAACAGUUUGUUUAAUACCAAUUUUGAUGACCCUGUAUCAACGCAUUUUCUGCCAAGUGUACGACUCAGAGCCCAGACUUAUGAACUCCAGGAAAGUAAUGUUCUUUUGAAGCUGACCAUUGUAAAUACAGUGGGAUUUGGUGACCAGAUAAACAAAGAAGAUAGCUAUCAGCCAAUAGUGGAUUAUAUAGAUGCACAAUUUGAAGCCUAUCUCCAGGAAGAACUGAAAAUUAAACGUUCUUUAUUUAGCUACCAUGAUACUCGCAUCCAUGUCUGCCUCUAUUUCAUUUCACCUACAGGCCAUUCCCUAAAAACCCUAGAUUUGUUAACCAUGAAAAGCCUAGACAGCAAGGUGAACAUUAUACCAAUUAUAGGCAAAGCAGACAGCAUUUCUAAAACCGAACUACAGAAGUUCAAGAACAAAAUCAUGAGUGAAUUAGUUAGUAAUGGCAUCCAGAUAUACCAGUUUCCAACUGAUGAUGAAACCGUUUCUAAUAUUAAUACCAUCAUGAAUGAGCAUUUGCCAUUUGCCGUAGUAGGAAGUACUGAAGAGGUGAAAAUUGGAAACAAAAUGGUGAGAGCUCGUCAGUACCCUUGGGGCAUUGUACAAGUGGAAAAUGAGAACCACUGUGACUUUGUAAAGCUUCGCGAGAUGCUUAUUUGCACAAAUAUGGAAGACUUAAGAGAGCAGACUCAUGCACGACAUUAUGAGUUGUACAGACGCUGCCGACUGGAAGAGAUGGGCUUCAGAGACAUUGGCCCUGAGAACAAACCAGUCAGUCUACAGGAAGCCUAUGAGGCAAAGAGGCAUGAGUUCUACCUUGAACUGCAAAGAAAAGAGGAGGAGAUGAGGCAACAGUUUGUGCAGAGAGUGAAGGAGAAAGAAGCAAUACUGAAAGAAGCAGAGCAACAGGUGCAGACUAAAUUUGAACAUCGUAUGCUAAUGCACCAAGAAGUAAAACUGAAAUUAGAGAAAAAGAAAAAAGUUCUAGAAGAUGAAAUAGCUAUGUUUAUUGAGAAGAAAGCUAAUGCUGAAUUACUCCAGUCACAAGCAUCUGUCUCCACCCCUGUUGUUAGUUUGAAGAGAGACAAGGACCGCAAAAAGUAA